ACUCUACACAGCAAGUUGGUAAUAACAAUGUCAGACACAGAUUUGUGUGAUGUGGAUGCCACCUCUAGUGGGAUCUUUCUUGAAACUACCAUUACCAAUUUGCCGGAUAUAGUGCUGAGCAGUAUCUUCCAGCAUUUGCACUGGAAGGAAAAGAUAAUGGCAGUGAAAGCCUUCCCUGCAUGGAGCAGAAUUCUCGACUCUACUUUAGGGUGGAAGAGUUUGGAAAAUGACCGCAACUAUCCACACUCCUUUAAUGCUCUCGAGUCCACCAACUACUUAUCUGAAGAAAUCACAUGUAUUGCACAGUAUGGACAGUUCUUCACCCAUGCUGUUAUAUGGCUGAAAGACUUUCUACGCAUUCCUGAGGAAACUGACUUUGCUCUCCUAGGGGCUUUAGAGACACACUGUUUCCGUCUAAAGUCACUGGUCAUCUACCACCCACCCAAGAUCUCCUCCUCCUCCAUUAUCCGGUCUGUUGUGCCCUACAUCAAACCUCUGCAGAGGAUGUUCAGCUUCAGCCCAUCCCUGCAGCUCAGUCUAUUUAGAUUGCUCUACUUCUCUAAGGAAGCUCGCACUGGUGCCAUAGACCUCCUUCACUUCUAUCACACCCACAAUGUGCUCCAGAAGGUUUCCUGCCUGGACUUUUCUCAUGGUUUGUUUAUGGCGUCUUCAGUGCGUCCUAUGAACUCUCUGGUCUACUGCAAGUCACUACGUGUGCUCAAAUGCCCCAUCCAAUACCUGAACACCCUGAUUUUGCAGCAACUUGUAGAAUUCAGCCUGCAGGAGCUGUACGUCGUCAAUGAUGAUCAUACCCUUUCUAUGAAUUAUGUUGAGGAAUCAGCCAUUGAAUGGCAUGCCCUGCAACUCAUACCUGGGCGGAACCUAAAGGUGCAAUAUGUGUUCAGGUGCAGGCCAGUGGUCAUGUGCCCCAAUCCCUACGCACGAAGCUUGGUAUUUGACAGUCUUAUUUGCAGAAUCUCUAGGGAACUCUUGCGGUCUAUAGCUGAUAAGUAUGGAGACACACUAGAACAAAUUGCAUUCAUGCUAGCCGUCUACGAUCCUAAAACUCCUUUCUCGUAUAUGGAGGACCUGCCUGCUAAUAUCCAGUACAUGGCGGCUAGACUGAAGUGUGUGCACACUGUGCUGCUUGACCACUUUAUCCCAAAAGCUGCACUUAUCAGCCUGGUUCGGCAUGCACCAACUCUCAAGACGCUGCACGUCUAUGAACAUAAAAUUAUGUUCGGCAAACAAGCAGUCAACACAGUUGAGGAAAUAGAGGAACUGAAAAGCACAAUUUCUGAGGCACUUGGAUAUUCCUGGAAACCUGUGAAAGAAUAUGUCAGUUUUUAUAAACUAAUCUAUAGGCAGAGUCUGCUGUUUGAGAAUUAUUUUCGCCUGUUUUAGCUUUUCUUGUGAACAUAACAGACAUCUGUCAGUCACAAGCCAGAGGUGGCCCGCAUGCUGUUUAGAAGUUCUAAUAAUAAAAGACAAACUCUUUAAAA